AGGAUACAGCGAAAGCGUUCCUGCUGGACUGACGCAUGUGUGCCUUGCAGGGUGUGGGGAUGCCGCUGGUAGAGCAUCUUCAUCUGGAACAUGUUCUGCAGACUGUGUGUGUGUUGGAGUCAGUCGUCCGCCGCAGUUUUGGCCCUGAAGGAGGACAGGUGCUGUUCACACAAGACACGGGACAAGCAAUGUUGAGCCGCAGUGGGACUCGCAUUCUCACUGCACUACGGCUGGAGCAUCCACUGGCCAGGAUGGUGGUGGAGUGUGUCUUGAAACACAGCACAGUAACGGGUGAUGGGUCCAAGACAUUUAUACUACUGAUGGCGUCAUUACUACGGAUAAUUCAUACAACGGCCUGCAAGGAGCCUAAUCUGUCUCUCACCUAUAACUCCAAGGCAGCAGCAGAGGCUGCCACUGCGAGGCACUUGGCUGACAACAUGUUGGCAUUUGCAUUGGAGGAGCUGGACGAUCUUAUUGCCAUAGGAGUGGUCCCGUAUGGAUGCUGUCUUUCUUGGGAGGAUUUUACUGCAAAAACACAAUUACAAGCACACACAAACAAUCACUGUGUUCAAAGUCUGCUGGCAUCCUUCUUUUAUUCACGCCUGGGUCGCACCCACUGUGAGUUCAUGAGCAACCUCACCUGUGAACUUCUUACUCACUGGAAGAUUGAAAAUGACUUACCUUCCUCAUCACUUCACUUUGUAAAUGACAACUUGGCUGCCUUGCAUACGGCUGUGUCAGGCUUCCCUAUUAGUUGUUCACGUUUGAUUAAGGGACAAGUCAUUCACAGGGACUUUGCUGCGCACUGCCCUCAGACUGACCACCAGCCGGUUAAAGCUGUCGUUUUCACUGGGUACCUGCAGCCAAAAUUGCUCCGUGCAGAAGAAGUGCUGGAGCUGGGGUGUGGAGUGCAAGGGAAGCAGAGAAAUAUUGUGCAUUUUAGCACCUGGGCAGAAAGGUCAUUGGAGUGUGUCAUUGCGAAACUGCAGAGUUUGGGUGUCUCUGUGCUCCUGUCUGCAGUGAAACAGACUGCUGCUGUCCUGGCUUUAGCUCUACAGGCAGAGAUGUCCAUUGUGGAGUGUGUGAGUGAAGAUGAGCUGUCUCUCUUUGCUAGGCUAAGUAGGGCCACGCCUGUCAGAGACUGCUGGGUGAUUGAACCAGAGCACGUUGCUACACUGACCUUUUGCAGACCAAUACUGCUGGGAGCUCAUAGGUAUGUCCAUGUGGCUUUCCAUGAUUCCGAGGAAAGGGUCAAGGUCAAACCCUGUAGUCUGGUCGUUUGUGGCCUGGGGGAAGGGCAAACUGACCAGUAUGCUUCAGCGCUUCGAGAUGCUAUCCGCAUGCUUCUUUCAACAUGGGAGCCAACAAAGAGGACCUUGCACUCCAACAAAAGCACAUCUUUACAUACGGACAAUCAGAUCGCCACUGCAACUCCCUCCAAGCAGUAUGUGUUGGAGCCAGGCUGUGUUAUCGCUGCUGGUGGGACAUUUGAGUUCCUCCUAAACCAUGCCCUCCUGCUACAUGGCAGCAGUUGCUCAUUUUCUGAUGACACAAUUAUGGGUGUCCCUGCUGUUUCCCAGCUCUUGGCGAAUGCUCUACUGAGCGUGCCACGACAGAUUUACUCCCACAGUCCACGGCGUUUCCUGCAGACUCAAACCAGACUACUGAGUUUUAUUCAAAAUCAUUCUCACCCUUUCAGCCUCGCACACAAACGAGAACCCAACACAAUCCUCAUACAGGUUGGGGAUGAAAGGGAAUGCCCUCUAGAUGAGGGUACACUAACCAAGCAUUGUUGUCCAGAAGCUGACCCGUCACCAAAGGUUUUCAUGUUGGACUCAGGCCUUGAAUCUGUCUCCUGUAAAUACCAGGUACUUUUGGCCGUGCUGCAGUGUGUCUCAAGUCUUCUCCGCGUAGACACCGUGCUGCACACACACACUGUCUUACACACUCAGUCACACAGGCUUCCAAACAUUUCCUGGGAGGGCACAGAGGACGAGGCUGAAGACUGAGAUUGUAUUAUGUCCCGAGAUGAAAUCUAUAAACAUAUUUUCUUUCAAUACUUACUCAGGUAUCAUUCAAAAGUAGGAGGACAUUAUUUUUUAAUAUUGCUACAGUCAUUUUUUGUAUGUCCAGUGUUUUUUUUUGCCUUCAAAUAAUGUAUUUGAAAACCAAGUUCAUACUUCCACUGAGAUAGUAAACUACAUUUCAUGGCAGCACUGUUAUGGUGCUUCUGUACCAACCUGUCUGAAUCAAGGUUAGGUUUGGCAAUAACUGUAAAAAAGAAAACAUCAAACAACUUCGUGUUGAUCUCUGUCCAGGACAAAAUGUAUCUACUGUGUUAUUGUGAAGUAGUGUGAGUGAGUAAAUAUGGAUGUUGGCCUUUCCUCUUGAGUUCUCAUUAGGGUUCCUUUUUUUCCCUCCACAUUUCUCUUUCUUAUCUCAGCUUCCUGCCCUCGUUCCCUGGCCAACACAUUAUGUUACAUAAGAGGCACACACACACAGAACAACAUGGGGACAUCAUCUCACGCAGACAUACACCCCUUUUUAUAAUCAGCGGUAUCGUGGGGGUGGGGUGUCUACCCGGCUGUCAACAACCAAAUUAAAUUGUACUUCCUUGCGCUAUAAUCAGAGGAACUCGAACUCUAUUCGCACCUCUUUUUGGUGAAAUAGUGAGUCAUUGAAAAUGGCUAGAUUAACUAUCAUCCAUAAUUGUGCUGUUUACUGUAAUCAGUCUGCACCUAGUUUUCAACACAGGUCUUUCGCAAUUUAAUUUUGACGACAUGACUCAGAAACAAAGACAGCUCUUGGCUUGUUUCGUGUUUUGGAUCAAACUACAUGAGUCACACUUGAUGGUCACAAAUAUCAAAGAGGGUAAGGCUGGGGUAAGUACUCAGCAUGUUUUUGUUUUUUCCCACUGCGCACACGGAAAAUAACCUGGAGGUUGUUUUCAGUUUUAUCAAGACCCCUUCGCCCUUAUCAACCCGACAUGCUCCCUUUCUCCCACAAAGCUAACUCUAGCUAACAGACCAGAGACAAUUUGUGAAUGCAUCAAUCUAAUAGUGAAGAUUUUUAUUUCUAGUUAAUAGAACUUUACCCACAUACCUUUUGAGAAUAGGCUUAAUGAAACAUUACAGAUAAUUUGGCUGUGUGUGUGUUGCUUCCAUUGUAGUAAGAGAAAGAGGGAGUUGAGUGCCAUAAUAUAAACCUACCGAGCCAACUCAGUCAGUACAUUUUGGUUUAUUUGGUUCUCAUUAAUAUUUGUCUCCGUGAAACAUAGUGCAUAUGGUAUAAAUCAACUCAAUCUCUGUAAAAUAAAAAACAUUAUAAAAUACAAACCACAUAUUAAACCACAUGUACUAUAUUACCACCUAAGUGCAUGAAUCUUUUACAAAUAAAAAAAUGAAGACAUUUACAAAACGUGACAAAAAUCAAAGGCGACUUUAGUAAAGGGGAAGUACAAAAGGAAACAAAUGAAAUGUCACAAUGAAGGAACUAAGCUGCUACUCGGUCACUGCAGUUCACAGCUCGGCAUUGAAUUGUCUACGAGUCACCAUGGUUUGACUUUGAUGUUGUAAAAAUAAAAAUAAUUUCAUUGGCUCCUGCUGUAUUGUGCUGAAGUGGGAGUGGUUUCCUUUUUUAUGGCCCUGAUCCAUGACUUCUGUCUGGAAGGUGACCCCAAGUGACGGCAAUAGAAGUGUGAUCAGUAUACAAUAAUAUGAUCUUUUGUUUAGAUAAUUAGCAGUU